AUGGAGCAACAAUAUAAGAAGUUCCUUGAAACCUUUAAAAAGCUCCACAUCAACAUCCCAUUCACCGAUAUACUACUCCAAAUGCCCAGCUAUGCCAAGUUCCUGAAGGACAUCUUAACAAAUAAACGCAAGCUAAAGGAACAUGAAACAGUGAUGUUAACUGAAGAGAGCAGUGCCAGGAUCCAGAAAAAGCUCCCACCAAAAUUGAAAGAUCCAUGGAGUUUUACUGUCCCUUGCACAAUUGGUGAUUUAUAUUUUAAUAAAGCAUUGUGUGAUCUUAGUGCGAGUAUUAACUUGAUGCCACUCUCUAUUUUCAGGAAACUAGGAUUGGGAGAACUUAAAGCAACUACAGUAACUCUACAGCUGGCUGAUCAAUCACUUAUACAUCCACGAUGGAUUAUUGAAGAUGUAUUAAUCAAAGUGGAUAAACUUAUAUUCCCAGCAGAUUUCUUAAUUCUGGACAUGGAAGAAGACAAGGACGUGCCUAUCAUAUUGGGGUGA